AUUUGAAAGAGUAUUUCAUCGAUGCCAGACGUGUUUGUAGGGAAUAUUGAAUAUGGAUUUAUUGACUUCUAUUUGCGUUGUGAUGUUGCUCUGUUAUUCUUUGGGAAACGCUGAAGAUUGUAAAAUCUCUGCUGCACCUCCAAACCCAGGGAGUGGAUGUUGCGGUAACGCUGUGGGUGUCGACAAGUCCAUACCCGGAUUCUACGCUCAGCUCAGCCAGUACCCAUGGAUGGGAAUCAUAGAGCACCAGAAAGAGAAUAAAACAAAAUUACUGUGCGGUGCUGUCCUCAUUAGUGCACGGUAUAUGCUGUCAGCAGCUCAAUGCUUUGGAGAUCGAGCUCAGCGGUUGGGCACGCCGAACAAUGUACGUUUAGGAGAAUACAUUACAACUAAUGACGGGCCAGACUGUGUAGAAGUCAGUGGAUUUCAAGAAUGCAAUGAUGGUGCGCUUAAGAUUCCCAUCGAGAAAGUUAUAACGCAUCCUGACUUCCACAAGGAAGAGAACUUCCAGAAUGAUAUUGCUUUAAUACGACUGGCUCAAUUGGCUCCAAUUACCGAUUUCAUUAAACCAAUCUGCCUGCCUACUUCUGACAUGACUGUGGAAGCGCCGCAACAGCGAAUGUGGAUUGCAGGAUGGGGUGCCGUCAAUGACACUUCUUCUGUCAGUGACCGUCUCCAUCACUUCGACUUGCCUUACGUUGCUCUUGAUUCUUGCCAAGCAGCCUUCAACAUUUCUAAAGUUCGCCAAAUUAAACUAGGCCAAGGACAACUAUGCGCAGGCGGCGAAGAAGGCAAGGAUGCGUGCAAAGGCGAUUCGGGAGGACCCUUGAUGUACACCAGGGAUCAUACUACUGAGGUUGUCGGCAUUGUUAGCUUUGGAGGAAUACCAUGCGGCAAGUUAGGAAUACCUGGAGUAUACACCAAUGUGUUCGCGUAUGAUGCCUGGAUUCGAGCAAACAUUGAAGAAUAA